GUGUUUGGUUGCUACAAAGAACGUAAGCUCUGUUGCACUUGAACGAACGCAGGCCAUUUAACCAGACAAGGUUUCAAUUAUCGGGUGUGGAGGAUUUUGUUCGCCGGAACUGGAAGUGAGAGUGCGAGCGCGUGACCAGUUGCUUAGAUACGGUUGUCCCGGGUGUACUGGUACUACAGGCGACAUAACCAUUUUACUUGAGUAUAAAACUGCAAACAUUAUUGACGUUUGGUAUAUGUUCUAAUUCUAUCAACUUAACAAAACGUGGCCACAAUGAGUCGACCGGCGUCGAGACAGUUACACUCCGCAGGAGGAGGCCUAGCAUAUUACGACUCGCCUGCCAUUGUGCGCACGCGCAGUUGUACCCCGAUGACGCCUGAGAUGUCGAAGAUUCUCCCGUACGUGACGGACAAGACGAUAUCGAAACACCUCGGCUCGUACGGCGGAUACAUGGACCUGGGACACGCCAACUCCUACUUCAACCCGGCCACGAGGACCGUGUACUCGCGCUACUCGCUAAACGACUGGAGCACGUCCAACAGCCUCAACUUCAACCUUUCCGAUAAAGAGCGAUCUUACGCCGAACGGCUCCGAGCGGACGCGUGGCGCGCUGUCAAGGAGACGGACGCGAGGACACGUAACAGGCAGCAUGACGUCACGAAACGACUGGGCGAGCGAGUCUAUGACAUCACGUUCUGGAAGAGCGAGCUUAACGGUGAAAUUAACUCCAUGGCCACGGAAAUAGACAAUCUCAAGGAGUACAAGCGGUCGUUGGAGAAAGCGCUCGCCGACACGGCCAACCCGCUACACAUCAGCGAGGAGUGUCUGCUGCACCGGGAGAAACGACAGGGCAUUGACCUCGUCAACGACGACGUCGAACGAUCGCUGUGCAGGGAAGUUGGUGUCAUCAAGAAAUGUCAGGCUAAAAUGAAGAAAGUUCUCGACAAGGCUUACAUCCAGCUGAAGAUGAACCGCGCGGCCCAGCACGCGCUGGAGAUUGACGCCAAGGACAAGCACCACGCCCAGGGCCUUGACGACCGCAUGCAGCAGAUGAGGAACGGCUCCGGGGGCAUCGGUUAUCACCCCGGCAUUGAGACCAUCGACAACACAGUUACAAUUCCGGUCUCGUGGGCUCGCUACACCCAGGAGAACAUCGCCAGAUCCCAGAAGGAGAGAGCUUCGUCCGAGCGUCUGCGUGGCGAGAUCGACAGCUGCCUGCGCUCAUGCGCAAACGAGAUGUGGAACAACUUCAACUCUGUGAACAACUCGUUCAACACGAGAAUCCGCGAGACUACCGACACACGAAACAAGUUGCAGUCGCACUUACAGAGGACUCUGCAAGAGAUCUUUGACAUGGAGAAGAACGUCGACUUGCUGCGAAAGGCGAUCCAGGACAAGGAGAGGCCCAUGAAGGUGGCGCAGACUCGCCUGGACGAGAGGACUCGCCGCAUCAACGUCGAGCUGUGCAACGACCCCGUCAUGAAGUCGCUGCAGAGAGAGGUGAACGAGAUCCGUGAGUCUGUGAGGAUCCUCAAGGAGCGACUCAAGAGCUCCGAGCUCAGCCUGGCCAGACUGAUGAAGACCAAGUCCACCCUGGAGCACGACAUCGCCGUCAAGGACAACACCAUCAGGAUCGACUCGCAGUGGUGCAUGGGCAUGCGCAAGGGAUUCCCAAUGGAUCCCAAAGUGGGUCCCAUCUUCCAGAUGCCCACCUGCUAGAGGGUGGCCGCCAUUCUCUGGAAUUUGAAACAUUUAUAAUCUCAUUAUCUUGUCGCUCUGUUUUUAGUAACCAGAUUACCGUAUGAUCCUAAACUGUUUGCCCAUAUACAAAAGAAAAAAAGAAGAAGAAGAAUCAGUCUCGGGGGGGGGAAAAGUGAUGGAUUACGGAAUUUGAAGAUUACUCGGCAAAGAUUACAUAAAUUAUAUGUAUAUUAUUUAUAAAUAUAUAUAUAUAUAUAUAUGUAUUUGUUAAAACCAAUCUGCUUUUUUUUUGUACAAAGAUUAUGUGUAACCUUUCCUCCCCAGGCUUUUCUGGAAGGCAGAUUUAAGAUUUAUAUAUAUUUUGUUUUUUUUUGUAGAAAUAUCACGGUAGUCUAAAUCUCUCUUUAUAUAUAGUUAAUUUUUUGUAGUAGUAGUAUAGUUUAUUACAAUGUGGAUGCUUCUAUUUAUUAGAAAUUUUGUGUGAAAGAAUUAGAAACAUCGUUUUGUCUUUUAAUAAAAUCUUUACUCACCAGUCUUCAUAUUGGACUAAAACUCUAUCAAAUUGUGAUUGGACGAUCUUGCCUUUUCAAUAACAAACAGUAAACUAUAGCAAACUAUUUUUUUGGGGAUGGUUUUAUUGUUAGAACAUUUGUUUAUGCUCUUUUAUAAAUCUUUACUCGCCAUCCCUCAUAAUAUUAUUAGACUAAAACUAUUUUAAACUGAGAAUGGACAAUCUUGCCAAUUCAAUAACAAGCAGUAUUACAACAAACUAUUUUGUAGUGUUUUCUUCCUGGUGCUGUGCAACUUAUAUAAUCUUUAAAAAAAAAAACCCCAACCCAUAUGUAUGUUAUUCACAUUUUAAAAAAUCAUUUUACACUCGCGUGCUGUGAUAUAUGUGUACAGUAUUAUGUGGACGGUAUAGCUUUAAGCGUUUAUUUUCGAAUCACUCACGUUUCCUUUAAUACCUAGCGUUGUUAGAUUGAUAAUGGCGGUAUCUGCCACAACUAGACUGGUACCUAACGCUGUUAAGACUGGUUACUUACCGUUGUUAGACUGGUACCGAUCUGUUUUCGUGUAAUCCACUUAAAAGACCAUAAUUUCUUUUAGGGACAAAUAGCGUUUUCGUUUUAAACGUGCAACUAAUAAAAUUCGACCAUCAGUCGUAACAUAGCUAGAUAUUAGAGGAAAUACCGACCACGUUUUGAAAUUUGUUUCGAAUUCUCUUUUUCCCAAAGAUUUGUUGCAAUACGCCGGAAUCUUGUCACAAUAUAUUAUAUCGUAUAACUAUAAUUUGCUCUACAUUCCAUUUUCAUAGUAACUAUGUUUGUUUUUCAGUUGUGUGUAUUCUCAUUUUCAUUGUUUGGCAAACAAAUAUUUAUAAAUAUAUACACAUAUAUUUUAAUUUCCGGCGUUUGCGGCGUGUUUUCGCCAAAUGAGCCUUUUUCUUUAAGACCAUUCAGUAUUAUUAGGAUCCGUUUGCGUUAGAUGUCGUGUGUUGAAUGUAUGUGGAAACUGGUUUGAUUUGUUCUUGUAUUUAAAAAUAUUUAUAACAGCAUGUUUCAUUAAAAUCUAUAAUAUCCGUAAAUAAGAAAAAAAAGUCGAACUUGAAUUUGAAAUUGAUUUUCCUUUUAAAGACACAGACCCUAGUUUCAGCCAGUGAAAAUUGACACUAAGUUUUAUUAAUCAACAAACAUCUGGAUAAAAUGAUAUUAAAGUGAAACUAAAGUAUGUGAUGUUUGAAUGGGGACAUACAAUCUAAUAAGUGAAAAUCUGUUAUAUUUGAACUUAAGGUAAGUAUAUGCAACAAUGCUAUCAGAAAACAGCCAUAUUUUAACUUAAGAAACUGAUAAAAAGACAAUUACUAGUAGUAAGUAUAAAAUAAAACAUCUCCAACAAUUUAAAAUAAACAUGCACCAACAAAAUACUUUGUACAUGUGUGCGUUGUUUUGUUUUUACUUACAAUGCAUUUAUGUUGCUACAGUAGGAUUUCGCACAAUAAAGGUUUUUUUGUUCA